AUGUCUACCCCCGAGACCAAAUUCAUAGAGGGCCAACCUUUGAAAUGCGGUUGCGGGAAGGACAACGAAAUUAUCCCCCCUAAGACUACUAGUGACAACCGUGAUCUCCCCUUCACGAACCUGUCUGCCCUCAUUAUUGGGAUUCAUGAAUAUAGGCAGAACGAUCAGAAAUUAAGGUCUCUUCCCGGUGCAUGUGCCGACGUGAAAGCCAUGUACACCUUCCUCCGCGACAUGAAUGUCUCCACUAACCGCAUCAAAGUCUUGCGUAACGAGUCCGCGACAGAUUCCAAGAUAUGCAGCGCUUUACGGGAUGUUGCUAACCUCGCGAAGAAGGAUGAGCCCAUUCUCAUCUACUUCUCUGGGCAUGGCAGAAGAGCUACGGAACCUACGUCGAGGGGUCGGGUCAUUUGUGCAUAUCGCGCGGAUAAGGACGCCAGUGUCAACAUCACUGAGGAGCUGCACAAGAUUGCUAGCUGCAAGGGAAAGGAAAAGACUAAUAUCACACUCAUACUGGAUUGUUGCUACGCUGGUUCUGGAGGUGAUGGCUCGUCUUCAGACGACAUGCCUUCCUCUCAUAUCCUACUCGCUGGCUCUGGUAGAAAUGAGACCGCCAUGGAACGAAGUGAGGGUGGCGCGUUCACGAACGCGCUGCUGAAUGCUCUCCGGGCACGAGAUUCACGUCAGCACUCGUAUAAAUCACUCAUCGAGAGUCUUCCUACUAUUGCCGCACAAAGCCCUCAGUGUAUUGGCGUUCACCAGGAAAGACUACUAUUCACAUGCACCUUGCGUCGUCUUGACAAGGAGUUCUACCAAGUGUCUAGGCAGCCUAUGGAAUCUUCCUCAGAUUAUACCUAUCGCUUUCCUGGCGGUAAAGCGUACGGACUUACCAAGGGGUGCUCAUUUGAUAUCUAUAUUGGUCCAAGCGUGGGAUCUGAAAAGGUCGGAACAUUCAAAGCAAAGUCAAUCACAAACUUCGCUUGCGAUCUCGUGACAGAAAACCCCGUUGCCAACAAGCCUCCACGCAUAGCAUACGGGCUAUGUACCCACAUCGAUCGCCUUUUCGAAAUCUCUAUCCCCAAAGAGCAUCGAGACACUGUCAAAGAACCUCUACUUGGAAAGCACAAGAAUAUCCCCGUCGCUUUCAAGGCCGAAAACGACAAGGCGGCCUUUUCGAUCACAUCAAUGAGUGGCCGACUCGACUUCGAGUAUCACUACGGCAUAAGAAAGACACGUCUGUGUCGAUCACAGAACAUACGCACGGUGAUAUCGGGUGCCGCCGACUUCGACUUUCAUCUGACCCGCAGAAAUAACAAAAACCCUCUAUCGGAACAAGCUCUGCUACGCUGCUACGAGCUGAAGGAAUCAACCAGCGGUUCUUGGGUUCCGAAAGAGAAGUCCCCCAAUCUUAUAAAGCCAGUGAACAAAUUGGACCCGAAGGAGUAUGUAUUGGAUCUGAACAAGUACAGGAACAAACCUCUAGGAUUUGAAGUCGAGAACAAGAGCAAUAUGGCUCUAUAUGUGGCUCUCUUUUACUUUGACUUGGGUGAUCUUAGCAUCGUUUCGUUCUACGAGCCGGGGUCAGCGAAGGAUGGCCGCGUUGACUACUCCGUCGCGGCCGGAGAUAAACUCAGUAUUGGUUACGGACGCGGAGGCUCUAACGCGUUUGGAUUCGAGGAACGAGGAGGUGAUCAAGUCGACAGGGGGGUCUUGAAACUUUUCUUCUCGACGCAAUGGGUCGACUUCUCGGUCAUCAAGCAGAGUUCACCCUUUGAUGGCUGCGAGCGAUUCCCUUACAUUUACAAACCCGUCAAUUCGCCGUGGGGCUCGAUCGAGGUGCAGGUCGAGCAAGGCAAAGCCCCUAACUGA